AUGGCGAUCAAAGCACUGUGCCUCGCGCUUACCCUUGCCUGCGCUGUGAUAGCAGCUCCUGACACCAGAAUUGUAGGUGGAACUCCCACUACCAUCGAAGAUUUCCCUUACAUCGUAGCUUUAGUCUACUGGUACCCUGGUCCCGGCAUUACAAUCCAGAGAUGCGUUGGCGGACUCAUCUCUUCCUGGCACGUUCUGACCACGUCGUUCUGCUUCACUGGCGCCGUCUUGUCAAACAUGGAGGUCCGUGCUGGUUCCACCAACAGCUUGUCCGGCGGCGUGGUGGUGACCAUUCGUGAAGUGAUCAAGCACCCUGACUACCAAGAGACACCUCGUGUCGCUGACAUCGCAGUUGUAGUGCUGGAGUCGCCACUCGCCAUCACCAACACCAUCAAUAUUCUAUACCUCCCGCCCCAAAGCACCUAUAUUCCUGACGGGCAGUCAGUGAAAGUCGUUAGCUGGGGUUUUGAAUCGGAGAUUGGCCCACAACUUGAAACAUUGAAAACCAUCAAUCUAAAGAAGGUGCCUCUGGAAGACUGCCAAGCUGCCUAUGCUGAAAAGGACACUGUUGUAAUUGAUGACCCUGUCAUAUGUGCUGCAGAAGAAGGUGACGUGGGCACUUGCAGAGGUGAUUCAGGCGCACCGAUGGUCAUCGACCAAGUUGUCGUGGGUCUCUCAUCCUACUUCCAAGAUUGUGGUACAGAUGACUACCCCGAUGUGUUCACCAGGAUCGACCGCUACACUGACUGGAUCAUCAGUGUCGCCACCGCACAGUACAGGAAUGGUACCACCGUUAGAGUGAAGCCGGUUUCGUACUGA